AUGGAGGCGUCCGCGGACGCGGGGGCGGCGGCGGCCGUCGCCGCCGCGCGAACGCUGCGGUGGGCGGGCCGCGCGGGGCACCUGGGCGGCUUCCCCCGCGCUGCGGUGUUCGCCGCCGUGGGCACGUUCGCCAAGGCCUACGCCUCGCUGCUCAACACCACCACCGUCCACAACGCCGACGCGCUGCUCCGCCUCGUCUCGGCGCGGCCCCCCGGGACGCCGCUCCUCUCCGUCAGCAACCACAUGUCCACGGUAGAUGAUCCGCUUAUGUGGGGAUUCAAGGGUUUUCCAACAUCAGAUGCAAAGCUUGGAAGGUGGGUGCUGACAGCAGAGGAUAUAUGCUUCUGGAAUAUAGUCAUGUCUUACGUGUUUCGACUUGGGAAAUGCGUAUCAAUCACACGAGGGGGUGGAAUCUAUCAAGAACACAUGAAUGAAGCUCUUGACGUGCUUGUCAAUGGAGGCUGGUUGCAUUCAUUCCCUGAAGGAAAAAUUGCCCAAGAUGAUCAGCCAAUUAGAAGAUUGAAGUGGGGAACUGCCAGUCUUAUUGUCCGAGCACCAGUAACUCCAAUAGUUUUACCGAUUGUUCACUCUGGUUUUGAAAAGAUAAUGGAACCAAGAUGCCAUCCUUUUAGCUUAUAGAUGCAUCUCCUACAUACUUGUGAACAUGUUCUGUAGCACAGAGGAAAUCCAGGGAUAAUUUUAGUUUCUAGUGAAGUCCAAUCUAGUGCGUGAAUGCAUUUGAGGUUAAGUGAGAACUGUGUACAGCAUCAUAGUUGAAUGAAAAAAGGCAUUUGAGCAGGAGGUAGCCUUGGCAGCCAAAAUAGAUGCAUGCUGCCAUGCUUACGAUCCAA